GGUUUCUUUUCUCUUAGAAUGACUACAUGUUGUUGUCGUUGUGUGCUGUUGAGUUGAUUCCGACUUAUAAUGAGCCUAUAUGACAGAGUAGAACUAACUGCCUCAUGUGGGUUCUUAGGCUGUCGUCUUCAUGGGAGCAGAUCAUCAGGUCCUUCUCCUGAGGAGCCGCCAGUCACUAUGAACAAGACCGUAGUGCACUUAAAAAAAGGGAAUGGGAGCGAAGGAAUCAAGAAGUCCAGGAAGAAGAAGAUCUCUUUUCUUCAGGCUUUGAUCUUUUUGGGGAGCCCUACAAGACAAACAAAGGUGAUGCACUUGCCAACCGAGUCCAGAACACGCUGGGAAACUAUGACGAAAUGAAGGAUUUGCUAACUAACCAUUCUAAUCAGAACCAUCUAGUGGGAAUCCCAAAGAAUUCCGUGCCCCAGACUCCCAUCAACAAAAACGAACCAAGCUUUUUUCCAGAACAAAAGAACCGAAUGAUCCCACCUCACCAGGAUAAUACCCAGCCCUCAGCACCAAUGCCCCCACCUUCUGUCGUGAUACUGAAUUCAACUCUAAUACACAGCAACAGAAAAUCUAAGCCCGACUGGUCACGAGAUAGUCCUAACUCCACCGCUAUACCAGCAAGCCAGGCGAGUAACCAGCCAAACAAGAUUCAAACUUCUACACAGGACCAGCCCCAAGCCAGACUGGAAGAUUUUUUUGUGUACCCAGCUGAACAGCCCCAGAUGGCAGCAGUUGAAGAGUCAAACCCAUCUGCAAAGGAAGACAGCAACCCCAAAUCCAAUGGAGAGGAAGCUUUCAAAGAAAUCUUUCAAUCCAACUCACCAGGAGAAUCUGAAUUUACAGUGCAAGCGCCUGGGUCUCCCCUAGUUGCCUCAUCUUUAUUAGCUCCCAGCAGUGGCCUUUCAGUUCAAAACUUCCCACCAGGGCUUUACUGCAAACCAAGCAUGGGGCAGCAAAAGCCAACCGCUUAUGUAAGACCCAUGGAUGGCCAGGACCAGGCACCAGACAUCUCGCCGACACUGAAGCCUUCAAUCGAAUUUGAGAACAGCUUUGGAAAUCUGUCAUUUGGAUCGCUCUUGGAUGGAAAGCCCAGUUCAGCCAGUACAAAGACUAAACUGCCAAAGUUCACGAUUCUUCAAACAAGUGAAGUAAGCCUUCCCAGUGAUCCGAGCUGUGUUGAGGAAAUCUUGCGGGAGAUGACCCAUUCCUGGCCUCCUCCUCUCACUGCCAUGCAUACUCCUGGAAACUCUGAGCAGAACACCUUUUCCAUCCCAGGACAGGAAUCCCAGCAUCUGACCCCAGGAUUCACCUUACAAAAGUGGAGUGACCCAACCAGCAAAGCUUCUACGAAGUCAGUAUCAUUCAAGUCGAUGCUCGAGGACGACCUGAAGCUGAGCAGUGAUGAAGAUGACCUUGAACCUGUGAAGACCUUGACCACUCAGUGCACUGCCACUGAGCUCUACCAGGCUGUUGAAAAGGCAAAGCCUAAGAAUAAUCCUAUAAAGAAUCAGUCUCAGUCUUGUACAACUUCAAGGUAUUUUAUCUUCCUACUGUCCUCCGCUAUCUUGGUAGCUCAUUUUCAGAGCCUACUGGUGGCCGCAUCCCAGCCCCCACCCACAGUGCAAACCAAUGGAGGAUCUGGAAGUUCCAGUGACUCAGAGAGCAGCUCCGAGUCGGACUCAGACACUGAAAGCAGCACCACUGACAGCGAAUCGAAUGAGGCCCCUCGCGUGGCCACUCCAGAGCCUGAGCCACCCUCCACCAACAAGUGGCAGCUGGAUAAAUGGCUUAACAAAGUGACUUCCCAGAACAAGUCAUUUAUUUGUGGCCAAAAUGAAACACCCAUGGAGACCAUUUCUCUGCCUCCUCCAAUCAUCCAGCCAGUGGAAGUCCAGAUCAAGGUGAAGACAAACCCCAGCCAGAUCCUGGCUGAACCCAAAGAAAGGCCUCUCCUCAGUCUCUUUCGGGACAAAGCCCGUCCACGGCCCACCCAGAAAACUCCAGAAACAAAGGCCUUGAAGCAUAAAUUGUCAACAACUGUUGAGACAGCCUCUCAAAGGACAAUUGGGAAAAAGCAGCCCAAAAAGGUAGAGAAGAACACCAGUGUUGACGACUUUACCUGGUCCAAACCAAAUAUUACCAGCAGCACUCCCAAAGAAAAAGAAAGUGUGGAAAUUCCUGACCCACCCAGAGGCCGCAACAAAACCACUGCCCACAAACCAGUCCCAAGGAAAGAACCCAGGCCUAACAUGCCCUUGGCUGCCGAGAAGAAGAAGUACAGAGGGCCUGGCAAGAUGGUGCCCAAGUCCCGGGAAUUCAUUGAAACAGAUUCGUCUACAUCUGAUUCCAACACAGAUCAGGAAGAGACCUUGCAGAUCAAAGUCCUGCCUCCUUGCAUUGUCCCUGGGGGAAACAUUGCCAAAUCCAAGGAGGCCUGUGGUGCCAGCCUGACCCUCAGCACCUUGAUCAACAGCAGCAUCAACAACAACAACAACUUAACCGUCACUAACGAGGAUCCAACUUUUUCACCCCUGCCUGCCCUGCAUACUGAGCUGCUGUCCCCUCUACGAGAUCAUGAGACUCUGAAAAAUCUCUGGGUGAAGAUUGACCUUGACUUACUCUCUAGAGUACCUGGCCACAAUUCAUUCCAAGCUGUGCCCGCCAAGCCGGACCACAAGGAGACUGCCUCAAAACCGAAGCGUCAGACUGCUGCCCCAGCCGUGGAAAAACCUGCCCCUAAGGGCAAACGUAAGCACAAGCCAACAGAAGUUGCAGAGAAAAUUCCUGAGAAGAAGCAACGCCUGGAGGAGGUUACGACCAUCUGCCUGCUCCCACCUUGCAUCUCACCAGCCCCACCCCACAAGCCUCCGAACACUAGAGAAAAUAAUUCAUCCAGGAGAGCAAACAGAAAGAAAGAAGAAAAGCUGUUCCCUCCUCCACUUUCCCCACUGCCAGAGGAUCCCCCACGCCGCAGAAAUGUCAGUGGCAAUAAUGGUCUCUUCAGCCACGAAAAAAUCAUGCCUGUGACUGGACAGGUCACCUCAACCAAACCUAAGAGAAGCGAAGGCAAAUUCUGUGCGACUUUCAAAGGGAUAUCUGUGAAUGAGGGAGACACUCCAAAAAAGGCAGCCUCUGCCACCAUCACUGUCACCAACGCUGCUAUUGCCACUGCCACUGUAACUGCUACUGCCAUUGUCACUGCCACUGUUACGGCCACCACCACAGCCACGGCCACCACCACAACCACUACCACCACCAUUUCUACCAUCACCUCUACCAUCACUACUGGCCUCAUGGAUAGCAGUCACCUGGAGAUGACGUCCUGGGCAGCCCUGCCCCUUCUGUCCAGCAGCAGCACCAAUGUUCGGAGACCCAAGCUCACUUUUGAUGACUCGGUCCACAAUGCUGAUUAUUACAUGCAGGAAGCUAAGAAGCUGAAGCACAAAGCUGAUGCCUUGUUUGAGAAAUUCGGCAAGGCCGUCAAUUACGCUGAUGCAGCCCUCUCCUUCACCGAAUGUGGCAACGCGAUGGAGCGCGAUCCCCUGGAAGCGAAGUCUCCGUACACCAUGUACUCCGAGACUGUGGAACUGCUCAGGUACGCAAUGAGGCUGAAGAACUUUGCCAGCCCCUUGGCUUCAGAUGGGGACAAAAAGCUAGCAGUAUUAUGCUACCGCUGUUUAUCACUGCUCUACUUGAGAAUGUUCAAACUGAAGAAGGACCAUGCUAUGAAGUACUCCAGAUCACUGAUGGAGUAUUUUAAGCAAAAUGCUUCAAAAGUCGCUCAGAUACCAUCUCCAUGGGUAGGCAAUGGAAAGAAACACUUCUGGCGCCUCUCCUCCGCGCCAGGCCCCCGACGAGGUGCUGGGGACUCCGAGCUGAAUAAGACGCAGUCCCUGAACGCCAGAAGCACGCAGCCCAGUGGAGGAGACAGGAACACUCCUUCCCCGGUGUCUCUCAACAAUGUCUCUCCCAUCAACACAAUGGGAAACUGUAACAACGGCCCAGUCACCAUUCCCCAGCGUAUUCACCACAUGGCUGCCAGCCACGUCAACAUCACUAGCAACGUGUUAAGAGGCUAUGAACACUGGGACAUGGCCGACAAACUGACAAGAGAAAACAAAGAAUUCUUUGGCGACCUGGACACGUUGAUGGGGCCUCUGACCCAGCACAGCAGCAUGACCAAUCUUGUUCGCUACGUUCGCCAGGGACUGUGUUGGCUGCGCAUCGAUGCCCACUUGUUGUAGUGGGUACUCCCCAUCUCUCGCAUCACCACCCAUCACUCUACCUCUACCAGUGCCCCGACGGUUGCUGGUGGAACUCCACUCAUUUGGGAAAGUUCUCUUUAAUUAUGUUUAUUUUUAUGCUUCUUUUGAUAUCUGUGAAAAACAGAAGUCAUUGUAUGUGGACACUACAACUUGAGAGCAGUGUAUGUUUUAUAACCUAGUCAUUUUUCAGUAUUUUAUAUGCAUUCUUCAGAUCCCACCAUCUUUUUGUGCUUUAUGGAAUGACACAGUCCCUACGGUAUAGUUUGAAGUCCACACUACCCAAAACAAAGAAUGGAAAACACUUAUGAUGAUAACAAAUUCCUGAGAAAUGAAAUAAGAUGUCUUACACAUCUGUGAGAUCUUAGACACAAAGGACCUGCAAAGAUUCAAAUUUUAGCCAAAGCUUGUCCCCAAACUAUACCUUUAUGUCCAGAGAAGAACGUAUUUCAGAAUUCGUUGUUAAACUUUUGCACUUCCCACAGACUCAAUCUUCAGGUGAGAAUUUCCAUUGUCAAAACCCAGUGGCUAGAUGUUGUAGCAACAUCAUAAAAUCAAGGGUGUUAAGAAAGUAAAUGAGCAUAGCAAUGCCACUCUUAAAAAGAUGCUAUGCCAUGCAACCAAGGCCUCCUUUGUUACCAUUCCUUCCUGACUGCCCGUUUUUUAAAUUUUAAUGAUGAGAAAGACUGACACCAUUGAUUUUGACAACUCUAAGGCAACAGCUGGCAUAUACAGUUUUGAAUUCCAUGAUUUGAAGCGUAAAUCCUCACCUGGGAUUCUCUUUGUGCAAAGCUCUCCUUUUGAGGAGCAUUUGGGUGGAUGCUCACCCUAGUAGCCAAAAUGCUACACUCUAGUCUUAGAGAUGGAAGAGAGGAGAGGUCUGGAAAAUGCCCAAUAAGGAAUUCACACCUCUGCCUUCUUUGUAGUCAGUGGGUGGGUCCACAAUGAAUAGGAUUUAUUCAUUUUAUUUUGCUCAAAUCUAUGGAAACAAAAGUCAGGUUAUCACUACCUAGAAAUAAUAGUAUACAAUUUGUUUCUUAGUAGCUUUAAAAUCUAGACUUCCCCAAUUUUUGUUCAGAUUUCCUAUUUUUUACAAGGGUUUCUUUUUUCUUUCCUUUACCUUUUCUUUUUUUUUUUUUUGGAUCAUUAGUUUUUGACUGAAAUACAAUCACUGAUUCUAUUAAAGUCUCUAUUAGCAUGAAACGAUUCCAUGAAAAUUCCAAAGAAAACUCUAAACUCUUUAAGUAGUAGCUAGCCUUUUUUAAAAAAAUGAAUCUUGGGGUUGUGCUUCGCCCUGGGGUGCUUUCAGAAAGCCCUGAAGAUUGUGAACAGUUCACCUAAUUUGGAGACAUUUCCCCAUCAGUUGUGACUAUUUCCACCCCUUAUGACCCUCUACCUUCAUUCGAUGUCCCUAAACAUCACAAUGUAAAUACCAUCUUUGGUGUUCCAGCUCACCAGAAGAAUCCCCCACGUGCAGUAAACACUAUCCUGAUGUCAGUUAAUUGUAAUUACCUGCUAGUGUAUAAUUCCACAUAGCCCUUAAUCUGCUGAGUUCUUGAAUUCUGUUCACUGAGUUAUGACCAGAUAAAUAAUAGAUACAUGCACAUGAAAGAUGCAAACUUGUAUGAUUUUUAAAGCAAGUCAUGCAGGUCUGCGAUAGGAACAGCAAGUGGUCACCUUGCACUCUCGUUGUCAAGGUUAGAUAGUGCCCCAACUGCAAAAGAGCCAGACUUGAGCUCUACUCUUGCCGUCUUUGAGCUUAAGACCCUUUGUUGUAGAAGUCAUAUUCCAAUGGCCGAAGCCAUGUUGUUGGGAUGGCUGAUGGGACCAUCCCAGCAGCUGAACCCAGCACUUUUUAGGCUCCCACUGUGGUUGAGCUUUACUUUUGCAACCUCGACAACAACACUCACAUGCACACACAUGCAAACACAGAACUUAAAUCCAAGAGAAUCCUGUCUGAGCCUCUUAAGUGAGGAAAACAAUAAUAUGAAAGACUAUUAACACCCAAGUCGUUUAUUCCACAUCGGUGGGUGUCACAUAUCAAAAUUAAGCUGAUCGCUUUGCAGUGACUCAAAUUCUCUGUUUUCCACGGCUUUUCAGGUCGAGUCCCUGGCUUCUGUAUAUUGAAGCCCACUGGCCUAACUUGUAAGUCCAACCUAGACCAGGAUCCUAGACUAUCAUGGAUUUAGGAGUAGAAUCUUCUUGAAAUUCAAUCUCCAGAAACUAGACAUUAGAGUGCUAAGAGCAGUUUCCCUGGGAAACAAGCGUAUUACCUUGUGGAUAAAAGACUUGUAGCUCUAGUUUAGUUUCAGCGAGUUGUUACACCUACUUUACAUACAACAGGGAGGCAGCAAGUCACACUGCUGCCCAAUGUCACCCCUGGUGGCUGAGUGUAAGGUGUGUGCCCAGUCAGCAGGAGGAUAAUCAAAUCUGACAGUUGAGCUCAGGAUCACCAGCUGAUUAUUUGGUAGACCCACUUUAAAAGCAGCUUAGAAACCAAUUAAAUAUGGAGGAUGAAUUAGCGUCCUCUCCCUGAGGUGGAGAUGUCUUUCGGGUUCGUGAUGAAGGAUUGUUGCUGCUUUCCAGGCACUCUAUUCGUCACAUUGUAAAUGGUGAUGCAUGUCAUAGAUAUGCAGCUCUUCGAGGGAUGGAGGUAUUUUGUCAAGUAAAUCUCGUCAGUGUACCAGUUUGUGGGAGGGAUAUGACACAUGUGGAGGGCAGGGCCAGAUCCUGCCUCUGGAGUAAGUCCCUUCGCCCCUCCCCAGACCUUGAUGGAGGCUUGGUGAGACACGUGGAAAUAAGCAUAGGCAGUUUUUUUUUUUAGUAGGGUAAGGGGCAGAGUAAUGGGCAGCAUCACCGAAGCAAGAACACGGAAAGAUGUCAGCCCUGCAGCGUGGCCCAGGGAGGGCCACCACUAUGCCUUCAUUUAUCACCCAAGCUCCAACCGCAGAGAGUUUGACAAGUUUGUGUUAUGAUGUUGGCUUGGCUUUGUAUUUUUAAUUCCCUUUGGGUUUUUUAGUGGUUUUGUCAUUUUACUGUCUGAGUUUGGUAGGUAGAAUUAAUUUGAAAAGAGUUUACUAGUGUGGUCCUCAGGGUAGAAUUUAGCCGUAAGCAUGUUGUUAGCCAGCCUGUAGACUGUUAAUUACUUAAUAAUCUCAUUGGGAAAAUACUAGUAGCUUUAUAUUUGGAUAACAUAAUUGGAAAGGCAGAUUAGCUGCUGCUACUUUUGAAAGACUUGAGGUUGGGAUGCCUUUUCUCCAUGUAAUGAAAUAAAAAGAUCCAAAUCUUCAUAAGCAAGUUGCUGAAUUAGAAACCAUUGGCUAAAGUGUGUUUUGUUGAGUUUGCAAAUGGAUGGAUUGUUAUUUGGAUAUGAUAUCACUAAGCGCCUUGGAUUCAGUCUGCGUUGGAAAGAUACUUAUUCCAUAGUUCUUUCCAGAAGCUUUCUAAUUCUGGUUUUGUUUUACCAAAUUUGCAUCCCAGAGUUUGAAGUUGGAGUUUGAAGUUGGAAAGCAUUUUUGAAGGCAGGAUUGAUUUAGCUUUGAGGGUGAAACCCCACGUACUUCUCAACAGACAUGAUCAAGUUCAUCUGCCUGAGUUGGCAGGUGGGAGAACCAAACUGGAUCACUGGGUAGGACUACUCAGUAAGGCAGUGACCUGCUUGCUUAGAGAAGCAUCGUUAUCCCCAUUGAGAAAACGUGUAGCAAGAGGACACAGCUACACAAUAACAAAUGAAUGGGUCGAUUCAGUGCCCCCAAAUUCAAUUCUGGGGGGGAAGAUGUUGGGCCAGUUGUCAGUGCUCUGUCACUCGGCUGGCAGACUAAAUUCGUUGUCGUCGUUGUUGUUAUUGUUGUUUCUCAUUUCCACUUGCACAGCCUUAUUCUCAUAAUUAAACUCUGAUUCAUUUUCACUUUGGUGUUAGCAAACUCCAGCAACGGAAAUGGCAUCUGUGUAUUGAUAAUCAGCAUUCACCCUGGCAGGAGGCUAAUCAGAGGCUGAUCUCAGACAUUCAUCCUCUCAUCGGAUAUUUUCCGGAAAAGAAAAAGCAUUAAUUCCCUUUCCAUUCUUCUCCUCACAAAUCUGGAAGCCCUCUUUACCAAGAGCAUCACAUUGUUCUCUGUAAUCUAUCAACUAAAAGAAAAUUGCAUUGUG